CAGCCCUGGAGCGCUAUUCAUCCUUCCAAGUUAAUGGCAGUGAUGACAUUCGGCAGAUCCAGAGUCUGGAGAAUGGUGUUAUUUUUCUUACUAAGAACAACUUAAAGUACAUGGCCCGUGGGGGACUCAUAAUCUUUGAUUACCUCCUAGAUGAGAGCGAAGACAUGCACAGCCUUCUUGUGACUGAGAGCAGCACCCUGCUUGUAGGUGGCCUACAAAACCAUGUGCUAGAGAUUGACCUUAACACUGUCCAGGAGACACAGAAGUAUGCCGUGGAGGUACCAGGAAUCACCAUCAUGAGGCAGUCCAGUCGUUUUUUCUUCUGUGGUCACACAUCGGGCAAGGUAUCUCUUCGGGAUCUUCGAACUUUCAAGGUGGAACAUGAAUUUGAUGCCUUCUCAGGGAGUUUGUCAGACUUUGAUGUGCAUGGCAACCUGCUGGCAGCCUGUGGCUUCUCUAGCCGCUUGAGUGGUUUGGCCUGUGACAGGUUCCUCAAGGUGUAUGAUUUACGCAUGAUGCGAGCCAUCACACCACUACAAGUGCACGUUGACCCUGCCUUCCUGCGCUUCAUCCCCACUUAUACCUCCCGCCUUGCCAUCAUCUCCCAGACAGGGCAGUGCCAGUUUUGUGAGCCCACAGGGCUGGCCAACCCAGCAGACAUCUUCCAUGUGAAUCCCGUGGGGCCUUUGCUGAUGACAUUUGAUGUGUCAGCUAGCAAGCAAGCCCUAGCCUUUGGGGACUCAGAGGGCUGUGUGCACCUCUGGGCUGAUUCCCCUGAGGCAUCUUUCAACCCCUACUCCCGUGAAACUGAAUUUGCCCUACCUUGCCUUGUUGACUCACUGCCACCCCUGGAUUGGAACCAGGACCUACUGCCUCUCUCUCUCAUCCCAGUUCCACUCACCACUGACACUCUUCUCUCUGACUGGCCAGCUGCCAACUCUGCUCCUGCUCCCAGGCGGGCACCACCAGUGGAUGCAGAGAUUCUGCGCACCAUGAAGAAGGUGGGCUUCAUUGGCUAUGCACCCAAUCCCCGAACCAGGCUUCGAAACCAGAUCCCUUAUCGCCUCAAGGAGCUAGAUAGUGAGUUUGACAACUUCAGCCAGGUUCCUGAGUCACCCAUAGGGAGGGAAGAAGAGCCACAUCUCUACAUGGUCUCCAAAAAAUAUCGAAAGGUGACUAUCAAAUACUCAAAGCUAGGGCUAGAAGAUUUUGACUUCAAGCACUACAAUAAGACGCUAUUUGCUGGGCUAGAACCCCAUAUCCCCAAUGCCUAUUGUAACUGCAUGAUCCAGGUCUUGUACUUCCUGGAGCCUGUCCGAUGUCUGAUCCAGAACCACUUGUGCCAAAAGGAGUUCUGCCUGGGCUGUGAGCUAGGCUUCUUAUUUCACAUGUUGGAUCUGUCUCGUGGUGAUCCAUGUCAGGGCAGUAAUUUCCUGAGGGCAUUCCGCACCAUCCCUGAAGCCUCAGCCUUAGGCCUGAUCCUGGCUGAUUCAGAUGAGGUUUCUGGCAAGGGCAAUCUGGCCAGGCUCAUCCAGAGGUGGAAUCGUUUCAUUCUGACACAGCUCCACCAAGACAUGCAGGAGCUGGAGGGUCCACAGGCUUACAGGGGUGCAGGAGGCAGCUUUUGUUCAUCAGGAGACUCAGUCAUCGGACAGCUCUUCAGUUGUGAGGUGGAGAACUGUAGCCUUUGCCGAUGUGGAAAAGAGACAGUGCGUGUGUCCUCCACCCUGCUCUUCACACUCUCCUAUCCCGAGAGCCACACUAGUGAUAAGAGUGUGAAGAACUAUGACUUUGCUCAGGUGCUGAAGAGAAGCAUCUGCCUAGAACAGAACACACAAGCUUGGUGUGAGAACUGUGAGAAGUACCAGCCCACAGUCCAGACCCGCAACAUUCGCCGUCUACCAGAUGUUCUGGUUAUCAAUUGUGAGGUUAACAGUUCUAAAGAAGCUGAUUUCUGGAAGCUGCAGGCAGAGUUUGCCUUUAAGAUGGCAGUAAAGAAGGCAGGUGGGGAGAUCCCUAAAAACAAAGAGAGUGCUUUGGCUGAUUGGAAGGACCUUGGGAGUCCAAAAGGACGGCCUUUGUGCACUUCCAUCGAGGAGCUAAAGAAUGUCUGGCUUCCGUACUCUAUUCAGAUGAAGCUGACAAAGAACAAAGGGUUGGAUGUCAGCAACUGGACUGAUGGGGAUGAGGUGCUUCAGAGCCCACUCAGGGAAGAGGAGGAUAAUGUUUGUGUGUAUGAUCUAAUGGCUACAGUGGUCCACAUUCUGGAUUCACGAACAGGGGGCAGCCUAGUGGGUCACAUCAAAGUUGGGGAGACCUACCAUCAGCGCAAAGAGGGUGUCACUCACCAGCAGUGGUAUCUCUUCAAUGACUUCCUUAUUGAACCUGUGGAUAAGUGUGAGGCUGUGCAAUUUGACAUGAGCUGGAAGGUGCCUGCCAUCCUAUAUUAUGUCAAGAGGAACCUCAACACCAAAUACAACCUGAGCAUCAAGAACCCUAUUGAAGCAAGCGUGCUGCUGGCCGAGGCCUCACUGGCCCGGAAGCAGCGCAAGACCCAUGCUACCUUCAUCCCACUGAUGCUGAGUGAGAUGCCACAGGCCGGGGACCUGGUGGGCCUGGAUGCUGAAUUUGUCACCCUUAAUGAGGAAGAGGCAGAGUUGCGUAGUGAUGGCACCAAGUCCACCAUCAAACCAAGCCAGAUGUCAGUGGCUAGAAUCACCUGUGUCCGGGGCCAAGGACCAAAUGAAGGCAUUCCCUUCAUCGAUGACUACAUCUCUACACAGGAACAGGUGGUGGAUUACUUGACCCAGUACUCAGGGAUAAAGCCUGGAGACCUCGAUGCCAAGAUUUCCUCUAAGCACCUCACCACUCUCAAGUCUACCUACCUGAAACUUCGCUUCCUCAUAGAUAUUGGGGUCAAGUUUGUGGGUCAUGGACUGCAGAAGGACUUCCGGGUCAUCAAUCUCAUGGUGCCCAAAGACCAGGUCAUUGAUACUGUCUACCUCUUCCAUAUGCCUCGAAAACGAAUGAUUUCCUUGCGCUUCCUUGCUUGGUACUUUUUGGAUCUGAAGAUCCAGGGGGAAACCCAUGAUAGCAUCGAGGAUGCCCGCACAGCUCUUCAGCUUUACCGCAAGUAUCUGGAGCUAAGCAAAAACGGCAGCGAGCCGGAGUCCUUCCACAAAGUGCUCAAGGGGCUUUAUGAGAAGGGCCGGAAAAUGGAUUGGAAAGUGCCUGAGCCCGAUGGGCAGGCAAGCCCCAAGAAUUCGGCAGUGUACUCCACCGUGCUGGCACUCUGAGCAGGCCUCUCCAGCCACCCCUUCCUUGUGUCCGUCCGUCAGUCCCUCUCCCUGAGUGCUCUGGGGCUCCACAGCAGGAGCAGCACCAGGGACGAGCGGUCCCCUCUCCAGCACUGCCCAGGGGACCCAGACCUCUCGGGACCCUGCUGAUGGUGCUAUUCUCAGAACUGUUGGAAUCUCCUCGGUGCAGCUAGGAUGCUACAAAAUAUGCAGGAGCUGAGCUCCCCCACCCUGUGGCAGCAUGGAGAGCGCAACAGGACACUGGCUCCGGGUUACCCAGAGUCCCUAGCUGGCUAGGGACGCGGGUGCUGCCGGGCGGUGCAAGAAGAUGGGCCGGCGGCUCUGGACUUAUUGGCCGUGCGGAGGGUCUGGAGGGUUCAGAGGGUCCUGCGCGCCCUGAGCCCGUGACCAUUUGGCUACAAAUUCGGCAGGCCUAGGCCUGCGGCCCCCUCUUCCUAAGCUUUGUCUGCAAUGGAAUGUUUUAUAAAAUAAAAGCAGAACUCUC